UAAAAGUCAGAGGAUUCGACGAAGAUAAUCGGAUUGAAUCAUUGAAGUAACAACAGGGAAUAUGUGAACGAACAAGCACUUAGGUGGCCCGCCUAAUCCAUCCACGAGCCACGGUUACAUCCCCUUGACCCUCGGGCACUUUCAGCAAUGCUCUGAGCCUCCGAGUUCAGAGCAGCUGCUUUCAUGGCCUUAUGCUUCUCCUUCCCUCCCGAUUCUCUCUCUCCUCCAAACUUCCAGCCUCUCCUUCAAAACUGCACUAACUCACAACAUCUUACCCAAAUCCAUGCUAAAAUCAUCCGUUCAAAUCUCUCUACCAACCCAAUUCUUGCCUCCCAGUUACUCCGCCUUUAUUCUUCCUUUGGCAAUCUCAACUACGCUUCUUCAAUCUUCCAUCGAAUUCAAUCUCCUUCAACCUUCUCCUGGAAUCUCAUCAUCAGAGCUCAUACAAUCAACUCUUCUUCUUCAAAGUCUCUCAUUUUGUACAAUCUUAUGAUAUGUGCUGGGGUACCACCUGAUAAAUUCACCUUCCCUUUUGUCAUUAAAGCUUGCGCUGCUUCUUCGGCUGUUGAAAAGGGUAAGGAGGUUCAUGCUUCUGUUAUUAAAUCUGGGUUUUAUUGUAAAGAUUUGUUUGUUAAGAAUACCCUUUUGGAUAUGUACUUGAAAUGUGGGAGUUCAGAGUGUGCACGCAAGGUGUUCGACGAAAUUCCUGUGAAAAAUGUUGUGUCUUGGACUACGAUGGUUUCGGGUUUGGUUGGGUUUGGGGAGUUGGAUUGUGCUAGGAAACUGUUUGAUCAAAUGCCUGUGAGAAAUGUGGUUUCUUGGACUGCUAUGAUCAAUGGGUAUGUGUCGAAUGGGAGGCCUCAAGAGGCGUUCGAGUUGUUCUCCCAAAUGCAGGUUGAAGGAGUGAAACCUAAUGAGUUUACUCUUGUUAGUUUGCUGAGAGCGUGUACUGAGCUGGGGAGUCUUAGUUUAGGGGCUUGGCUCCAUGAAUAUGCUUUGAGUAAUGGGUUUAAAUUGGAUGUAUACCUUGGAACAGCCCUCCUUGACAUGUAUAGUAAAUGUGGUAGCUUAGAAGAGGCAAUAAAAGUGUUUCAUAUGAUGGAAAGAAGGAGCUUAGCUACUUGGAACUCGAUGAUUUCGAGCUUGGGUGUGCACGGGUGUGGGGAUGUGGCAUUGGGACUUUUUGAGGAGAUGAUUAAGGAAAAGGUAAUGCCUGAUGAAAUCACAUUUGUUGGGGUAUUGAGUGCUUGUCUUCAAACACAGAGAGUGGAUGAAGGUCUAAAUUACUUUAAAUUCAUGAUUGAAGAGUGUGGUAUUGUGCCUAUAUUAGAACAUUAUGUUUGUAUGUUUGAACUGUGGAGUCGUGCAAAGGAUAAUGCCGAGACCAUUUCAGACGAAGGUCAAAGCUUUGUACAGAUGACUGAAACUGAGAUGUUUGAGGAAAGCCUUUAUGCUAGCUUACCUAGAUGAGUUGUAUGAUUUUUAGAGUACCUAGUGUUUUCAUUGGCUUGUUGGAUCACUUGGAUGAUAUGCCUUCUGUGUGUAAAAUGAUUGACCGUGAUGGUAAUUUCCAAAUGAGCUCAAGCUGCAAGCUACCAGGUUGUGGAACUUAGGUGUCGAUUCAAAGUCAAUAAAAUAGUGUACAGGUACAAAUUUCUGGUGGCUGCAACCAUCUAGGCCAUGAUCCCAAUACCUAUGAUGGAAACCAGGCUUGGAGUGAACAUGGGCAACUGCCCUAUUUUUUGGUAAGAUAAAGAGGCCAGCUGCCCAUGAAUCUUGGCCUAUCGCCUCCAAUAUGCAGGCUUGGCCAUUUAUUUUGAGAAGAUAAUUAACUGGAUGUUCUAAGAGCCUGCAAAUUGAUUUUUAGCUGGCUACAAAUGGAUGAAGCGUGAGACUACAAAUACAAUGAAGAGACUGAUGAGGAAGUAGAGAAAUCCAUGAAAGAAAAUAGACUUCCCGCUUGUUUUAACGUUGCAGAAUUCGACCCACUUUGCUUCUCCGGGUAUUUGAGCCACCGUGCCAGGCGACAACAGCAAGAACAGAGGUGUUGCUAUUACUAAUUUAUCAUAGCUAAGAACAUAUGACUCAAAUGUAUCUCCAUACUAGUAUUGCACCUUUCUAUUUUGGCUGGGUUAUCUCUCCUUUAAGAACGUGAUGGAUUUAUUAAAGGGAGUAUGACUUAAACGUGAUGUUAAGCAUAUAUAUAUAUGAACAGUGGCGUACCCAGGAAUUCCGAACUGUGGGUUCGAAAUCUUAAAAAAAAAA